UUUCCUAGCGGGUCCCAAGCACCGGUUCCCAAGCGAUGGCCAUGUGACCCGCCUACUUGGAGGCAUGGCAAGCGCGGAGGGUGUGGAGGUUGCGCCUGAGGAUACAGAGAAGGCGGAGAGGGAGUUGGUGGCCAAGGAGGUUGCCGAUCUUUGGCGCGUGGCUGGGAAAGAGGUGGACUGCGCGGUGAUUUGGCUGCAUCACCAAGGUGAGUCCGAGGCCAUGCAGCAGAUGAUGUUCCGAGACUGCGAGCUGCCCACCGCCGGGCGCGUGCGCUGGCUUUGGCCGAGGGCGCCCCUGCAGCCCAGUAGCAUCCGCGGGCACAGCCUGGUGCUGCAGUGGUUCGACGUCAAGGAAUACCCGAUCUGCCGGGUUGUGAGGGACCUUCCCGACCGGCCGCGCGUAGGGGAGGACCCUGAAGAUGUGGCUGCCGCCGUGGAGCGGGUAGAGGCCGUGAUCCGCGCGCUGGAGGCCGAGGGCCAUGAGCGGUGCCGGAUUCUCGUGGGGGGCUUCGGCAUGGGGGGAGCGCUCGCCCUGAAGACGGUGCUUCAGUCCAAGGAUGCCUUGGCUGGAGGCAUCGUUUGCAGCGGAUGGCUGCCCUGCCCCGAGGACCUCGGGGAGGCUCUCACCGAGGGCGGCAAAAGCACCGAGCUGCUGUGGGUGCACGGGGCCCGGGACGCCGUGGUGGACCCGCUCCUGGCCGCGGAGCAGGCGAAGAUGCUGCAGGAGGCUGGGGUACAGCUCCGCUUCCGGCUCUUUCCAGAGGCGCAGUUCGAACUGUCUGCGGAGCCCAUGAAGCUGGUGCGGCGGUUCAUGGCCUCCCGCCUGGAAGUAGAGGCGGAGGCGGAGGCGGAGGCGGAGGCGGAGGCGGAGACAGGAGGAGCCGAAGAGCCGCAGUGAGGGUUGUGCUCACCUGACCUGCGAGCCUGCAUGCCUGUAAGUAACAUCCAUUUCAAAAUCGACGGUCUCACCUCCGACAUGCCAUCACUAAAGUGACAGGCAAAAGCCAGAGCGCGCAGUGUGAUCAUUACUC